UCGAUUUAUAGAAUAUGCAACAGUAGUCAGUAGCAGUGACAACCGGAAAUAAAGCAUUUCUCUUUCCUUUGCUGUUUCAGAGCGAGCAGUAAGCCAUUUUCGUGAAUUUGUUGAAACUUCUGAGUUUGAAUCAAUAUGCCGCGGGAAAUAAAGGAAGUUAAAGACUUUCUUAAUAAAGCACGUCGUUCAGAUGCUCGCGCUGUUAAAAUCAAGAAGAAUCCGUCAAACACUAAAUUUAAGAUCCGUUGCUCACGGUUUCUUUAUACCCUUGUCGUGCAGGAUAAAGAAAAAGCCGACAAAAUCAAGCAAUCUUUACCGCCAGGACUGCAAGUCAAGGAGGUGAAAUAAACCAACUGAAACUAGGGGCUUACUUCACUACACACAUUGAAAGAUAGGUUUACUUAAAUCUGUGUUUAAAAAUAAAGUGAUGGCGCCAUAAUAAAACUGGAUUUUGCUUAA